AUGGAUGAUCCGUACCCCGAUCCUUAUGAUUUGGAUUGGACGCAAUAUCCCGACCUCUCCUAUGAUUCAUAUGCUUCGGAUGCUCAACAGUGGGAUUUCAACUACUAUCAGAAUCGGGGAUCCUAUCAAUUCCAGACAUAUCAGCCUACAACCCCAUUACAUUUCGAUCAGGGUUAUGAGGCAUACUACCAUUUUGAAGGACCACCUCAGGAGGCACACGUUUAUCCACUACUUCAAACUCAGCAAGAGGCAGAUUCUAACAUAAACUCCAUGCUUGUUCAGGUUUUGCAGAAAGUGGAGAAUGAUAAUAAUGAGCUAAAGGGCUUCUUGAUGGAUGUGAAUUCGCGACUCGAGCUCAUCAACAAUCGACUCGCUAAUCUUAUCUCCUCAUCGGUUUGGUCGCAAGAAACUCUCACGGAAGAACCAGAAAUGGAUUCUAAAGAGUACCUUAACACCACACCAUUGAAGGUUGAAGAGCAAUAUGAGUUAGUCACACCACGAGUCAUCAAGAAAGAUGAGCAUUUAAGGACGAAGUACGAAGAGACAGAACCGAAAUAUGUGCCUCCACCGCCAAGACCACCACUGGUUCUGUUCCCUUCACGCCUAAAGAAACACAAGGAAGACGUUCAGUUUGAUCAACCAUGCUCACAAAAGAGAAAAUUCGAGUCCCCCAAACUGAUAUCCAAGGAGAUCCACUACCUCUUCCAUCGGACUUUCAUCCUUACACCCAAUUUGCACCACUCAAUCUUCGGUCGAUCGAUAAGGUUGAGUUCUAAUGAGGAGCUAUGGAAGAGACGUAGAGAAGGCAGGAACCACGUCCUAAUUGAAGAAGAUGAUGAGGACGAUGAUCUCUAUCGAGAACAACCACGUCGUGCAAGACAAAACGGUAACGAUCUAAAAUUUAAAUUACCUACAUUUGCUGGACGUGUUAACCCGGAUGCCUAUCUCGAUUGGGAGAGGCGUAUGGAUAAUAUUUUUGAGUGUUAUGAGUAUUCGGAGCACAAGAUGGUGCAAUAUGCUGCGGCACAACUCACCGACAAUGCACUAGCAUGGUGGGAUCGUGAAGUAGCGGAAAGGAGGAGAACACGCUACGAACCAAUUUCCACAUGGCGUGAGAUGAAACUUAUGAUGAGAAAAAGGUAUGUUCCACCUCAUUUUCAUCGAGAGUUACAGAAGAAAUAUCGUACUCUAUUGCAAGGAUCUAGGUCAGUUGAAGAUUACUUCGAAGAAUUUGAAUAUCUUCGGAACCGAUUGGAAUUGGACGAAAGCGAGGAAGCGGUGAUGGCACAAUUUGUUAAUGGACUGCAAGAACGAAUUUCUCGCAAGGUAGAAAGAUUAGUUUACCAUGAGUUGCAGGAACUACUUCAUAUGGCAAUACAAAUUGAACAACAAAUCAACAAGAAGCAAACUCGGGUAAACCGAGCUCAGAUGACCGCACCGAAUCCUCCGACACACCGAACCGAGUACAAGGGCGUUUCCACCGAUGUGAGCCGACCAAGUCUGGACGAAACUCAUGUUAAGCCCAAGGGGAAAUCCGUGGCUACUUAUAAGGAGGAUACAAAGGUAAGUAAAUCGAACACUACUAACCUUCGAACUCGAGAGAUUGUUUGCUACAAGUGUAGGGGACAUGGACAUUAUGCUAAGGAUUGCCCGAACAAUCGAGUCAUGAUCCUCACCGAUGCGGGAGAGUAUGAAUCAAUGGACGAGGAUGAAGUCGAGAAAGUACAAGAAGAGAUCGAAUACCCGGAUAGUGGUGAGUUAUUGACGAGACGCGUUUUAAGCGCCAUGACAAAUCCGGAAGAAACUGCACAACGAGAGACCAUAUUCCACAGUCGUUGUACCGUGAGGAACAAGGUAUGUGGUUUAAUUAUUGAUAGCGGUUCUUGUACUAACGUUGCGAGUGCCUACAUGGUAAAGAAACUAAGGCUUGAAACCGAGAAGCAUCCUCAUCCGUACAAGUCACAAUGGCUUAACAACAAAGGUGAACUUAAGGUAAAUGAGAGAGUGAAAGUUUCAUUUAGCAUUGGGAGAUACCAAGAUGAAGUAUUAUGUGAUGUGGUUCCAAUGCAAGCCGGACACAUUCUUCUUGGACGACCAUGGCAAUUCGAUCGAGAGGUGAAACAUGAUGGUAGGACUAACCAUUAUUCAUUCGUAUAUAACAAACGUAAGAUAUCGUUGGCUCCCCUUAGUCCAUCGCAGGUUCAUGAGAUGCAAGUGAAGUUGUCAAAGGAAAGCGACGACAAAAAGACAAAUUUUUAUGUAAAACCGAGUACGAUAAGUAAAGCGUUAGUCAAUGACCACUUGGUUUUACUAAUGUUGUUCAAAGAUGCUUUGAGUACAGGCUCCGAACAGAUUGUGCACCCUCCGGAGAUCACAAGACUCUUGGAAUGUUUCCAAGACAUUUUUCCCGAGGAGACACCCGCGGGAUUGCCACCAAUUCGAGGGAUCGAGCAUCAAAUUGAUCUCGUACCGGGAGCACCUCUACCGAAUCGUCCCGCUUAUCGUAUGAAUCCAGAGGAAACUAAAGAACUCCAAAAGCAGGUACAAGAGUUAUUAUCUAAGGGUUAUAUACGUGAAAGCUUAAGUCCUUGUGCAGUGCCGAUUUUGCUCGUACCGAAGAAGGAUGGGACGUGGCGCAUGUGCGUUGAUUGUAGAGCGAUAAACAACAUCACCAUCAAGUACCGUCAUCCCAUUCUACGAAUAGAUGAUAUGUUAGAUGAGUUGAGUGGAGCAACCAUGUUCUCAAAGGUAGAUUUAAAGAGUGGUUACCAUCAAGUACGUAUGCGUGAAGGAGAUGAGUGGAAAACCGCAUUCAAAACAAAACAAGGGUUGUACGAAUGGCUCGUCAUGCCUUUUGGCCUUACCAAUGCCCUAAGCACGUUCAUGAGAAUCAUGAACCACGUCUUACGUGCUUUCAUCGGUAAAUUUGUUGUUGUUUAUUUCGAUGAUAUUUUGGUUUAUAGCAAAUGUUUUACCGAACAUGUGACACAUCUUGAGCUCGUGAUGGAGACUCUCCGUCGAGAGAUGCUAUAUGUGAACCUCAAGAAGUGCACAUUCUGCACUAAUGAAGUUGUUUUUCUAGGAUUUGUUGUGAGUUCGCAGGGAUUAAGCGUGGACGAAGAAAAGAUCAAAGCUAUUCGAGAGUGGCCCACACCAACUACCGUUGGCCAUGUUCGAAGUUUCCAUGGCUUAACAAGUUUUUACCGUCGUUUUGUGCGAGAUUUCAGCAGCCUUGCUGCACCCCUCACGUCUAUCAUAAAGAAGGACAAGCCAUUUGAAUGGGGAGAGGCGCAAGAAAAGGCAUUCAAUGCCUUGAAGGAUAAGCUCACGAGUGCACCCGUCCUAGUCCUCCUGGACUUUGACAAAGUCUUCGAACUUGAGUGUGAUGCAUCCGGAAUUGGCGUAGGGGCUGGUCAAUCAACACUCAAGAGGAGGCAUGCUAAAUGGCUAGAAUACAUCGAGACUUUUCCGUACGUGAUUAAAUACAAGAAGGGCAAAGACAAUGCGGUGGCCGAUGCAUUGUCAAGGCGACAUGCCUUGAUUACGAUCAUGGAGGCAAAAAUGCUCGGGCUUGGAGAUAUUUAUAAGGAGUGCACUAAGGGAGCUCACAGACUGUUCUACAUGGAGGACGAUUAUCUCUUUCGGGAACGACGACUAUGCAUCCCGAAAUGCUCGUUGCGGGAUCUCAUUCUACAAGAGGCUCAUGGAGGAGCUCUCAUGGGACAUUUUGGUGUCGAGAAAACACUUGUGAUGGUCAAGGAGCACUUCUUUUGGUCGCAUCUCAAACGGGAUGUCGAACGAUUUGUCGCUCGAUGCAUUAUAUGCCAUCAAGCAAAAUCUAAGACACACCCGCACGGUUUGUAUCUUCCUCUUCCAAUUCCAUUUUGUCCUUGGACUGAUUUAUCAAUGGACUUUGUUCUUGGACUUCCAAAAAUCCAGAACAAGGAUUCCAUUUUUGUUGUUGUGGAUAGGUUCUCGAAGAUGGCACACUUCAUUCCAUGUGCAAAGGCGAAUGAUGCUUCACACAUCGCCGGCUUGUUCUUCAAGGAAGUGGUUCGCUUGCAUGGGUUGCCAAGAAGUAUUGUGUCUGAUCGAGACUCAAAAUUUUUGAGCUACUUUUGGAAGACAUUAUGGAGAAAGCUUGGGACAAAGCUCGUCUUCUCAACAACUUGUCACCCGCAAACCGAUGGCCAAACCGAGGUCGUAAAUCGAACAUUGGCUGCAUUACUUCGAGCAACAAUAGGAAACAACCUCAAGAAUUGGCUAGAGUGUCUACCACACGUUGAGUUUGCAUACAACCGAGCAACGCAUUCCGCCUCAAAGCAUUCGCCUUUUGAAGUUGUCUACGGUUUCAACCCAUUGACACCGCUAGAUAUGUCACCAAUUCCAAACCAAGAUAUGAUCAGCCUUGAUGGGGAGAAGAAAGCAGAUGCUAUCAAAAAGCUACAUGCCAAAGUUCGUGAUAACAUCGCAAGAAAAACCGAGCAAUACACACGACAAGCCAACAAGGGAGGUAAGAAGGUGUCAUUUGAAGUCGGGGAUUGGGUGUGGCUGCAUCUUAGGCCAGAAAGAUUCCCAAACAAGAGGAGCUCAAAGCUAGCCCCAAGAGGAGACGGACCAUUCCGCAUCUUGGAGAAGAUCAACGACAAUGCCUACCGUUUGGAGUUACCAGGUAAGUAUAAUGUCUCUUCGUCUUUCAAUGUAGCUGACCUACUUCCGUUUGAUGCAGAAGAUUCAGUUUUGAGGGCAAAACCUUUGAAAGGGGGAGGCAAUGAUGAGGACGUCAACCAAGACAUGGACGAUGACGAACAAAACCCGAACAAGAAGCAAGACGAUGCCAUAGACGCUAUAGGAGGAGAAGAAGUGAACACCGAGCUUACCAUGCCAACCAUUCCCAUACCUCCACUCACAAGACAAAGGACUCGAAGCCUACGUUCAAAGAUCAAUGCAUAUGUUGAAGAAUGGCUGAUCAAAACAUCCGACAAGGGGCCAUACAAUGCAAAGGACACGAUAGCGGCAACAAGCACAAACCAUUGCAAUGUCUUGGAGUUUGUGUUGUCCAACACUUAA